AUGUUUGCAUUGAUUCAAAAAAUUAAAAAGGACAUCGGGUUUAAUGCUAUUUCUGGAGUGCUUAAUAAUCCAAAUGCAAAAGUUUCAAACAAAAUCAAGCCUCUAAAGAAUGAUAUCCCUUCUGUACAUCGUACUGCUAUAAGAAAAGUGAAGCCAACUGAUUUCAAAAGUUAUAUUAGGCAAAUUUCUCCGGUAUUUGAAAGGUAUAUUCACAAUAGAGAUAAUCAAAAGCCCUUGGCUACAAGUAUCUUGGAAGCAAAUCUUGGAAAUUUGCAAAGUUCGUACGAUGACAAUGAGAUUCCUGCCCAUCGGUUAGAAAGUACGAGAAACCCUUAUACUAUACCUAUACUUCCGCAGUCCCCUGAUGAAACGCAAUCUUUAAAGCCUGAUAUUGAGCUUCCGUUAUUGGAAGUAGUUCCCUCAAUAUUUUUUGACCCAGAUUUCGACCUUGAGAACCCAAAAACUUUUGAUAUUGUAUGUGAAAAGACUGAAGAUAUUGAAAAUAAUAUUGAUAGCUUAUCUAUUUCCACUAAUGCGAUUAUUCAAGAAAAGCUUUGUCUUUAUCUUGAUACAGUUGAAAUGCAUCUUGUCAAUGAAAUUUCUUUACGAUCUUCUUCAUUUUUUACAGCUCUAUCAAAUCUUCGAAUGCUGCAUUCUGAGACGCUGGAAUGUGUUUCUCAAAUUAAUAAUUUGCGUAAAAAAUUGGCGCGCGUAGAAAACUCUCAAGUUAAACGGGGGCUCGAAGUUGUGAGAUUAAAACGUCGUCGCGAAAACAUUGUUAAACUUUACAAAGGUAUAAGAAUGAUUGCUGAAAUACGUUCAACACAACCAUUGAUACAAAUGUUGCUAGGUCAAGGAGAUUAUUUCUCCGCUAUGGAUUUCAUUGAAAAAGUAAACACUGUAUUGCGUUGUGGCAAAAGCCAACAGGAUCAGUUAAUAAAUGCUAUCAAAAGUUUCAAAGUGCCGACGUCUGUGAAAGAUGAUCCUAGAGCCAUUAUUAUACGCAAAUUAAAUAGUAUAACUAAGGAGAUCAAAAAUUUUGGUGUACUCGAUUUGGAAAAAGUUAAGGUGUUAACGUAUUUUAGUGAACAGCUUAAUGAAAUGGACAAGAUGAUUGGCAUAACGAUGGAAAAUGAUUUUUUGAAUGUAUUAUUUUCAGAUUUUAGUGAGCAUAUUAAAAAUGUGAAUGCAAUAAAUGCAAUAAACGUUCUCCAUAAUAAUAGCAGUCACUUAGCAAAGAAUAACGCUAUUAGUGUUGUUAUAAGUAAUAAUUUAGUAACAGAAAAAGAAGAAAGGCUAAAGAAUCGAAUAGGGCCUCUUAUUUUAGGCUUAUGUGAGAUGAAUCGAUUUGAAUCUGCUUUACAAACAUAUCGUGAAAGAAUGAUGGAGGAAAUUAAAUGUAUAACUCAGGUUCAAAAGAUAGCAAUAUACAAUGAAAUUUUCUCAUCAAUUUUGACUGAUACUUCAAAUACUGAUCUGGAAAUUAAUUCUGAAGAAAGCCUGCUUGAGAAUGAAAAGGACUUAUCAAAUAACAACUUACAAGAUGAUGAUAGUAAUUCAAAAGAAUCAACGGAGAUUGAAAUUCCAACUGCUGCAACUCAAAAUGAACAUAUUGAGUCAAAGAAUUUCAAAUUUAAAACUGCUUUAAAAUUUACUACUGGAAUAAAGUCUAUAAUUAAAAAGACAACAUUUUUUACAACCAAGUCACAGGCAUCUCUACCAGAAAUAACACCCAAAAUUUCAGAAUCUACGUCACCUAAUUCUCGAACAAAUGAAAUAUUAGAUGAUAAUAAUUACACAAAAAUAACUUCUGAUUCUUCACAAAUAAUAUUUGUCGCAACAGAUUUAGCUCAUGUAUGGUGUGCAAACUUGAUUUCAAUUCGUGCGGAUCAAAAUGCUCAACUAAAUCAAAAAGACUUUUACCGAUUAUUUAACAUAACAUGGGCAUUUGUGCUAGAAUCCGAAAGCUUGUGUGGUCGCGUAUGUUACGGUCUUCGAGGAACUAUUACAUCACAAGCCAAAGCAUUUUUAAAUAAUUUUCACGCUGAAAAAAUAAAACAAGAGGCAGCAUCAGUUGAAAACGAACAAUGGGCACAAGCAGAGGUUCCUAUUCACUUUCAACAAACUGUAAACCAAAUUGUAGCUGCUGCCGUAAAAGGAUUAUCCGGCUUCAGAUAUAAUCCACUUGGCUGUAAGAAUGAAAACGAACAAAUUGUCCUGAAUAAUUCAGAUACAAAGCAAAAUCAUAUUGAUAAUAUUGGCAAAUAUAUAUUUGUUGAAGAACGGCAAUUUUUUAUGGUCGGUUGUGGUUUGAUACUCCUUGAAAUACUUGACGAUUACUUGGUAACCCAAGAUGUGCGAUAUUAUAUUCGUAAAUUGUCAGCUUUAAACUUUCAAGAACUAGUUAAUGAAUUAGAAACCGUAGUUAGUAAUUUACCGAUUAAAGAAAAGAAAUCAGAAGAUGAAACUGUUGAUUUAACCUCAUCAUCGGCUGAAUAA